AUGCAGCUGCCCGGGUCGCCUGCCCUCAGCGCGCCGCUGACAGAUGUCGUUAUCUUGGAAACUAUGGAUAUACUGUUUAGAAUAAGAGGAGGCUUGGACCUGGCAUUUCAGUUAGCCACUACAGAUGAUUCUUCAACAAAACAGGCACUAAAAUAUGUUUUCAGCGACCUUUCAGCCAAACUGGCUUCGGACGUGGUGGUGUUCAGGAUCUGCCGUAGCUCGGUGUAUCUUUGGCCGAACAGUGGAACGAACUCAGUUUCAUCAGAACUUACUGAUGACUCUGCUUGUAAGGAGAUACUGCGGUUUAUUCAAUUUGAGCAAGAUGAGACUAAACGCAGGUUUUUGAAAAAGAAGGAUAAAAAGUUGCAAGACUUGCAGCCUAUAGUAAAUAUAGAUCUUAUGCUGGAAAUGACGACUAUGCUGGAAGCCCUGGCUCCAAUUAUUGAAAGAGAGAACAAAGAGCAUCACUACAUAAGUAUGACCUUGCCUGUUGAUGCUGUUGUCUCUGUGUCUCCAGAGGAACCAUGGCGGAAUGUACGAAGUCUUCUGGUGAAUGCAAUUCACACACAGCUAACUGAUAUGGAAAAGUGCAUUUUGAAAUAUAUGAAAGGAACCUCAGUUGUGGUGCCUGAACAAUUUCAUUUCAUGUUACCAGGAAAAAAACACUUGGUGACAGUUUCAUAUCCUACAGGCGUAUCUGACAAUCAGUUAGAGGCUUACAGACAGGAAUUGCACGGACGGUUUAACCUGCCAUUUGAUAGACCUUAUUUUCGACGGGCUAAUGCUUAUCACUUUCCAGAUGAACCAUUCAAAGAUGGCUAUCUCAGAAAUCCACAUAUACAUCUCAAUCCACCUGGCAUAGAGUUUGGUAUGGUUUAUCUGGUUUAUGGCACAUACAGUUAUCAUCAUUAUAUGCAGGAUCGUGUUGAUGAUAAUGGCUGGGGUUGUGCCUAUCGGUCACUGCAAACUAUAUGCUCGUGGUUCAGGCACCAGGGGUACACAGAGAGAUCAGUACCCACCCACAAGGAGAUCCAGCAGGCUCUUGUUGACAUUGGAGACAAGCCACCGCUGUUUGUUGGAUCGCGCCAGUGGAUUGGCUCUAUUGAAGUGCAUCUUGUACUGAACCAGCUACUAGGGAUAACUUCAAAAAUAUUAUUUGUCAGCCAAGGCUCUGAGCUGGCUUCUCAGGGAAGAGAACUUGCCAAUCAUUUCAAAACCGAAGGGACACCAGUUAUGAUCGGUGGGGGAGUUUUGGCUCACACAAUACUAGGAGUAGCAUGGAAUGAGAUCACAGGACACAUAAAAUUUUUGGUUCUUGACCCACAUUACACAGGAGCAGAGGAUAUGCAUCUUAUACUAGAAAAGGGAUGGUGUGGAUGGAAGGGCCCAGAUUUCUGGAGCAAAGAUGCAUAUUAUAACCUGUGUCUACCUCAGUGCCCAAAAACUAUCUGAAUGUAUAUUUAAAAGAUAAUGGAAAAUGAGCUGUGGUAGCUAGAAACAUGUGUACACGCUUUUAAGUAAUGGUUAUAUAUUUUCACUUAAAAUAUCACCUUAUUGUUGAGAGGCCCAGUCAGUAUAUAAAUGUUAAUUCCACUAUUUUUAGAGUGUAAAUUAAGAAUAUGGUGAUCUUUUAAAUAAAAUGAGUAUUAAACAUUG